GCAUAUCUUGGAAUGCCGCGAUGAUGUGCACACGUGGUGCAGAGAAGCAGCAGCUUGCCGUAAUGCAUUCUGUACCGCUCGAUGCAAUAUCACCAGCGCUUCCUCCAUCAUGGUGAAGCAGCGCCGGCGUUCCCCCGUUCCUCUGCUUCAGCUCACGUGAGAUGAGACCGCUUGCAUACCAAGGAGGCCGCCAUGAUGAUGCGCUUUUUCUCCUACCUCCCGCCAUGGCCCGCUCCUCUCCCCGCUGCAUGGAUCCAUGCACGGCCAUCUCGAGCCCGCCUCUUCGGCGAGGCGCCAGACAAGCGCAUCCGCUUAAAAGCGGCCCUCUUCUUGUUAGCGUCUGCUGCGCCCGCUGUCGAAGCUUCUCCCCGAGAUGCAGCAUCCUUCUGUUACUCAAAAUAGCUUUUUCCACGCCGCUCCCUGUGGCUCGGCUUCCUUUUGGCCGUGAACCUGCUUCUUGAAAAGGCCCACCAACCCUCGGGCCGAAGCUCUGGAUUUGUCGUAGCCACAAUUCCUUGUCGCCGAGUUUCCGCAGUCCCUUGGAGCAACCCUCGUUCCGAUCAGUCCCCUCCCAUGGCGACGGCCGCUUUCGCCUUCGCGUCGUCAAUGAUAGCCCGCCAGGUCACUCGUUCCUUCACAGCAUCCCACGCAGUGGCGGCGUGCGCGUCCGCAUCGGCGUCUGCGUCGGCGUCGGCGUCGGCCGCGGCGGCGGCGGCACCGCCAUCACCCGUUUCGCAACAGGCACUCCGCGCCAUGGCGGCUUCCCGCUGGAACGAGCUCUGGGGCAGCUCGUACACAGGCGGAAGCGCGCGCUCCCGCGCGCAGGGGCGCUUUGAGACGCCCCCGUCCCUCGGCGGGGCUGCGCUUCCGCUGCCAGGCGCGCAAACGCUGGGAGCCCCCUUCCCCUUGCGCACAUCUCGACCCCCCGCGAACGACCACCAGGGGCUUUCGUUCCGAUGCCUUCAUGGCUCCCGGGGCGACCAGAAGCAGCAGCCGCCGCAGCCUUUGUCUGCUAGUGGCGGCGCUAGUGGCGGCGCUAGCGCCAGGGGAGUUGCCUCGGAUGCUGCCGCGGAUGCUGCCGCGCAAGAGGCGACCUCGCGGCCCUCGAAGGAGUGGCGGAUGUUGCCGCUGGGGUACCGCCCCGCGCACGCGGUGGCGCUGCAGGAGCGCAUCGAAGAGAUGUGGGAGGCGCGCGCGGGGCGGAAGGGGGAGGCGGGGAGGGUGCGGGGGAAGGCAGCGGGAGAGAAGGAAGGGGGCGAGGGAGCGAAGGAGAGUGUGAAGGAGGAGGAGCGGCGCGAGUUGGAGGCGCUAAAUUGGGCGUUCAGUCAGCUGCCGGUGUCGGUGUUCCCGUGCCAGCAUAAAGUGCUCGAAAUCCCCUCCGACGCUCGUCUCUCGGACGCUCUUCGACUGCUGCAGAAGUCCGGGCUCAUGGCGGCACCCGUCAGGGACGUGGCAGCGAGGGAAGACGCGCCUCUGCAGCAGCGGUACCUCGGCAUGGUGGAUGGCGCGGGCAUCGUGCUGUGGGUCAUGGGGCAGCUCGACCGUUCGUCUGCAGAACUCCGCAUGGCAGCAGCAGCAGGGGGAGGCUUGGCCGGGCUGGCAGUGGCAGGGCUGGGCGCAGCAGCGUUGGGCGCUCCAGAUGCUGCCGCGUUGGCGGCCAUGUGGGCAGGAUCAAUGGCUGGCGGGCUGCUGGGCUCCAAGUCAGCAGAGGCGCCGGGGGAGGGGGAGGCAGGGGGAGGGGUGGAGCGCGUAAGAGUUUCGGCAGGGGGACUUGACCGGCUGCUGCAGAGAAACGUGUUUCAGACGACUAUGGUGUCUGAACUGGUGGGGUCCUUCCGCUGGCGCUCAUUCCUCCCCCUCUCCUCGUCCGACUCAGUCCUCUCUCUCAUGCUGCUGCUCGCCAUGCCCCACCGCCCCCAAGUGCUCCCCAUCGUCACCUACCCCCCCACCUCCUCCUCUCCCUUCUCCUCCUCUCCCUUCUCCUCCUCUCCCUUCUCGUCUCCCUCCGCCUCCUCUCCUGCGUCCUCCUCUCCUCCUCCCCCACUCCAUCCUCCCUUCUCUCCUCCUCUCCCUCCUCCUCCCCUCCCUCCUCCUCCUCCGCCACUUUUCCUGCUUCCACUUCUGCCGAGCCUGCUGCUGCAGCUUCGUCACUAGGUUCGGAGACCGCCCCUGUGCCGAGCCUGUCAGCCCUGGUGUCGCAGGCUGAUGUGGUGAAUUUCCUGGCGGAGUGUGACGGGCAGCCGUGGUUCGAGUGGGUGGCGGGGAGAAGGCUGAGUGACAUGGGGCUCCCGAGAAUGGACAAAGAAUCGACUGUGAAGGUGAGAUU